CAUCAACUGCCGCGGUGGCCGAGAGAGUACAGACGCUGGUUCUGUGAGCUUACUUUUGGACAGGGCCGCAGGUUCGCUCCGCGCUAUGGGCGAUCUUUUUUUUUUUUUCCUUUUUUAGGUAUUUUUUUCAUAUCUUGAGAAUUUAUUGUUUAAAAAGAAAAUGUAAAUAUUAUAUUAGAAAAAGAAAAAAAAAGAAUGCCCGAAGCGCGGAGCGAACCCGUGGCCUUGCCCAAAAAAGUUCUUUCAAACCCAGCGUCUGUACUAUCUCUACCAUCGCGGCUGUUGACUUUUUAAGCAAGUAUUUUUAUUUUAACCGCUAACGAUAUCGUCUGUGUCCCGGCUCUGCGUAGUAAAUUUGACUGCGCAACAUCAAGCUGGGAUUUAUUCUCCUAUUCCUUGGACAAGAAAAUCGUGUUUACAUUGUGAAGAUGGUUAAGACCAAGAAGACAGGGAGGACACCUCCACAAACCUUGUGCCCUUACUGUAAAGAUACAGUGGAUCAAGCAAAAUUUCUUGAGCACAUAAUGCAUUGUAAAGACUCAAGAAGUACAUGUCAAGUAUGUGGUAUGAGUUUCAAGAAGGCAGCAUACUUAAAGAAGCAUACAAAGAGGCAACAUCAAAGUACUGAUAAGACUGACGAUGUCAACACCUCAGUAAAAGUAAGUGAGACAGAAACUAAGAAUGAUACAGACGCAGAGUCUGAUCAUAGUUGGGACAAGGACCCUGAAAUAGAGCUAAGUGCACAGGCUGAUGGAGAGAAUAAGGAAGACAAGGGUAACGGAAGUCAGUCUGAGACGGGAGCCUCGCAGGAAAUUGCGGGACCCAGUGAAGAUAAUCGUCUGGUAAACGAUAUCAGGUCAGGGCGAAUCUUCCGAAAACGCACUCUGUCUGCACCCGUCGUAGCACCAAUUAAACUUAAGAAAGCGGAACAGGUCACCAAAGAAGAACCACAAAUUAAAAGUGAAAAAUAUGACAAUAAGUCUGAGGACUCAGAGUAUAAGAUAUCAACAAAGGAAUAUGAAAAGGGUCCGAAAGAAGAGUCAAAAGAUGAUAUAGUAACUGUGACAUGUGACAAGGACACACACAAAACUAACAAAGAGGAUACAGACGCGAAGGACGUUCAGUCAAAUCAGAGAGAGCCAGAAGUCACAAAUGAAAACAAGGUAGAGAUAGAAAGACAGAGGUUAGAUGUAGAGAGAAGACGAAUUGAUUUAGAGUUUGCCAGACUGCAGUCGGAGGAACGACAAAGACAAGAGGACAGAGAUCAUCAAAUGAAGAUCGUAAAAAUGGUCAUGGAGAUGGUAACACAGAAGAAGUAAUGUGUUGCUUUUUGAAAAGAUAAAAACUGUUUAAGAAAACAGAAGACAUGAACACUUAAGUUUCAGUUUGGUAUUAUUACAUGGUAUGUAAUAAAGAUACACAUAGAUAAGAUGAUAGUUUGUCAAUUAUUUCACAUGCGAGACGCAUGCCUUCAGAGGCGUGGGUAAUGUAACAAAAAUGCAAAGUGACCUCCCCUUAAUUAAGUUACGCCAUUUGUAAAUAAAAACGCUGAAAUCUAAGCUUAUAAUUAAUCUCUAUUAACCAGGUUAGUAGUCUUAUAUUAUUUCAUUUAAUACCUUGCAAUCAUUUAGAAAUGUCCUAAACCUGCAUAUCAUAAGCUUGAUUUGUAUCAAAUUACGUUUUCAAUGUAUAUUUUGCCAAUAACUAAGUUGUUUCAAUAGGCGCUCUAUAAGGUAAUAUAGUCAGACGCUCAUUACGAUAUAAGUACUAUACAAGUCGAUGUAAAUCAUUAGCCAAUCAGAAUAAGACGUAAGAGGGCGCUGUUGUCAAGGCGAAAGGGGGCGCUGUGGUCGCUGGUUAUAUAAACAUACGCUGCAGUUGUAAGAAUUAAUUCUGUCAUAAGACAUCAGCGGGUCAACAACAGAUCUUCUAAAGCUUUUAAAGUUAAACCUACUAUUACAUCCGUCAUCCUUGUUCUCUUGGGGGCAACGCUACCUGGAGAGGGUGCAUGGAUAGGUAGUAGACAGUAAACCGGGCUGCAGACUAUUUGUGUUGAUAAGCAUUGAAUAUAUGGGCAUAGAGACCUGUAUGCAUCAAGACUCAUAGGCAUCGAGACCCAUUGGCACCGGGACAGGUACAGAGGCUUGGAGCACUUGAGACGUAUACCGCCCUUGGUAUUGAUCAUAAAUAAUUAAUAAUUGAAGACACAGGAAGCUGUAAUAGGCCAUAGCCCCACAGAGUGGACAGGGCUGUGAUUAAAUAAAAGAGCCAGAGACUGCUUAUUUGAUUCCGUUCUUAAGUAAUUAUAUAGUUAAUUGUUGCUGUAUACUAAUCAUUUACAAAUCAUUGGUCUCAAAUCAUAUAGGCAAAGAAGCCUAGAGGAAAAUCUAUUAUCUGUAAAUAUAGUUUUAACAGUUAUCGUGCAUAACGCUCGGUGCACGUUACAAUAUAUCUAGCUUUCACUUCAUUCACUUUUGACCCGGGCACCGUGUUAUAAAUUAGUCUAAAUUUGGUAAUAAAACAAAGCAGAGAUGACCAAAAAUAAUUGUUAAUUCCUACACAUGUUCCCAUACAUAUGCUUAAACUUUUGCAAAACUAUAUCAGAUUAUCUAAAAAAAAUAUAUAAAACUAGCUUAUUUUGACAAUAGUCUGUUAAUUAGCAUGUAAGACUAUGACAGAUUUGUAGUAAUACAUAUAACUUAUAAGCAGUGUGAAGAAAA